GGUAAUUAUGAACAUUAUUAAAAAGUUCUAUAGAAGCACGCAAAGCAAAUCUUGAUUUUAUAAUUUUAAUCUUACUUAAAUUCUUGAAACUGUAAAUAACUUUAAAAUAAACAAUUAAAUGAAAUAAAAUAAGAAAAAUAACAAGAACACUUGUUAAAUACUUUAAGUUACGUAGUAAACGUUAAAAUCUUCUAUAAAAUUAUAGUACGAAACGAAGUACGUUCUGAACUAAUUCUUCUGUACCAUUAGUCACAAAUAAAACCGUUCUUGUUUAGCUAAAAAAUUGCUAUUAAAGUACACGACUUAGGAUUCGAAUACCGUAAGUACUCGAAUCCUGUACUCGAGUACCUGCAUAUCUGAAUUCUAUAUUUUAAGUACUCGAGUACCUGAGUACCUGCUAUGUAUUCGAGUAAGUACUCGAGUUAGUCUGACUCGGCACAUCUCUACAUCCGACAGUAAUUUUUAUUUUCUUGAAUGAUGUUGAUUUUCAUGAUAGCGAGUUGUUUUCUGUGGUUACUCGAAUUAAUUGUUGUUUGUUUGUUUAUUCCCAUUAUAACUUUUUGUAUUGUCGUACUUUCAAUGUUUAUCGAAUAUCACAUUGACACUAUAAAAGAACUAUUAAUAAGAACGAUCGACGAGCUUAAGAAUCUUAAUAACGUGUGUUUCAGACACUUUUUGUGAUUACCGGUAACCUAUAUUUAAAAUGUCUGAAGGUUCUUGUUAUAUUCUUGAUAAUGGAGCAUACACAGCGAAGGUGGGCUUUUCCUCGACGGAACCGAAGAUUGUACCUAACUGCAUUAUGAAAGCAAAAUCUGAAAGACGACGCCCAUUCGUAGGAUCUCAAAUAGAUGAAUGUCGUGAUGCCUCCGGACUGUUUUAUAUUCUACCGUUUCAAAAAGGGUUUCUAAUUAACUGGGAUACACAAAAGACUGUCUGGGAUUAUAUGUUUAGUAAAGAAUGCUGUCCGGUUAACUUUAAUGAUACACCAUUGAUUAUAACUGAGCCAUUAUUUAAUUUUGCAUCAAUUCAGGAAGCUAUGACUGAAAUAUUUUUUGAGGAAUAUGAGUGCCAAUCUCUUUUGCGCAUAAAUGCCACAGAUUUAGCUGAAUACAAUUACAGAAAGAUACAUAAUAACCAGUGCACUGUGGUUGUAGACUCUGGUUAUAGUUUCACAUACAUUGUGCCAUACAUUAAUGGUAAGAAGUACAGGGAGGGCAUAAGACGAAUAGAUGUUGGUGGUAAAGUUUUAACAAAUCAUUUGAAAGAGAUUUUGUCAUAUAGACAGUUAAAUGUGAUGGAUGAAACAUUUGUAAUAAACCAAGUUAAAGAAGAUUCAUGUUUUGUAUCACAGGAUUUUAUGAAUGAUAUGGAAAUUGCUAAAAAGAAAGGUUCAGCCAAUACAUGCAUCAAAGACUACAUUCUUCCUGACUACACAACAAUUCGAAGAGGUUAUCUUCGUGACAUUGUCAAGCCUAAUGAAGACUUAGAACAGCAAACAUUACGACUAAACAAUGAAAGAUUCUCAAUACCAGAACUCCUAUUCCACCCCUCAGAUGUAGGUAUACCACAAAUGGGUAUACCUGAAGCUAUAAUGCACUCUAUAAACUCUUGCCCUGAAGAAAAUAUGGAGAGUUUGUUAGAAAAUAUCGUUUUAUAUGGAGGCAAUGCAAUGUUUCCUGGUUUCAGAGAUAGAGUAUUCAAUGAAGUCCGUUCUUUAGCUUUAGACCAUUUUGAUGUAAAUGUCUAUUUGCCUGAUAAGCCUAUUACAUAUGCUUGGGAAGGUGGGAAGCAUAUUUUUAGAGAUCCAGAUUUUUAUUCUUUCUGUAUGACUAAAGAAGAGUAUGAAGAAGAAGGAAAGGCACUUGCUUUUGAAAGAUUUGAUAUAUAGCGACGGAAACGAGUGAAGAAGUCUUUAGAGUAAGACUUUCGCUCGUAAAAACAUCAUGAAAGAGGUUUGAAAUUAUGGAUAUCAAAGUGCACCUAAAGUGCACUAGGGAUGGCUGAGAAACAUGAUGAAACAACUAAUAUUGGAGUAAAAAUAAUAAUUUGAUAUAUGUAUCUCAAAAUAAAUAUUAUUAUCAGUACAUAUAAAUUUUUGAAUCACUUUGGAUGAGUAAUGAUAUCAUCACU